GCUUCCCGGUCCCUUCUCCGGCCGCAGCCGCCGCCCGCCCCGAGCCCGGCCGCGCCAGGCACCAUGAGCGGCUCCGGCCCGGAGGCACCGCAGCCCAGCGAGGAGGCGGAGGUCGGGCUGCAGGAGGCCGAGCAGGACUGGGCGGCGGCCAAGGCGUUCUACGACAACCUGGUUACCAAGAAACCCCGGCCGCCCAAGCCCCAGAACGCCAUCACCGUGGCCGUCUCCUCCCGAGCCCUCUUCGACCUGGUGGAGGAGCGGCGGAUCUACCAAGAGCAGGGGGUGGAGAAGUACGUGGAGUACCAGCAAAACAACGAGAACGUCACCCUCAAGCCCGGACCGGCGUUCUACUUCGUCAAGGCUCUGGAGCAUGUCAAUGCCCGCCUUCUUGAACUUUACCCUGAUGAUGAAGAACGAUUUGAUAUUGUCCUGAUGACUAAUAACCAUGCCCAAGUGGGAGUGAGACUUAUAAACAGCAUCAAUCACUAUGGCUUAACAAUUGAACGUUUCUGUAUGACGGGAGGACAAAGCCCUAUUGGUUACCUGACUGCAUACCUUACAAACCUGUACCUCUCAGCAGACUCCGAAAAAGUGCAAGAAGCUAUAGAAGCAGGCAUUGCAUCAGCUACAAUGUUCACUGCCAACAAAGAUGUUUCUUACUCGGAUACACAGCUGAGGGUGGCAUUCGAUGGGGAUGCUGUUAUCUUUUCUGAUGAAUCAGAACAGAUUGUCAAAGAGCAAGGAUUAGAUAGAUUUUUUGAACAUGAACAGCUGAAUGAAAAUAAGCCUCUUGCACAGGGCCCUUUGAAGGGUUUUCUGGAAGACCUGGGGAAAAUUCAGAAGAAGUUCUACGCAAAAAACGAACGAUUAAACUGUCCUAUAAGGACCUACCUGGUCACAGCCAGAAGUGCGGCGAGCUCUGGAGCUAGAGUGCUGAAGACUCUCCGUAGCUGGGGUCUGGAGAUUGAUGAGGCACUUUUCCUAGCAGGAGCUCCUAAAGGACCAAUCCUGGUGAAAAUCCGCCCUCACAUUUUCUUUGAUGACCAGAUGUUCCACAUCGAAGGAGCACAGAAAUUAGGCACCAUAGCUGCACACGUUCCCUAUGGCAUUGGUCAGAAGUACCACAAAUCUUCAUGACUGGAUGACACCAUUAAUGAUAAAGUUCUUAACUCAGCCAGCCUCUUAAUAAACCAAUAGUUAUGUCUGAAAACCUCUACAUUUGUGUACUGUAAGCAAUAUGUUUAAAGAUUGAACUUCUGGCUAGAACAGACUUUAAAAGAAAUAUUUUUAAUAUAGGUAAGUUUUUAAUGGAGUUAUUUUAAUAUAAUUCUUAAGCGGUUUAGAUUUUUUACCUGUCUGGAUCUAACACUGUGGUUUUGAUAUUAGGAAAAGAUUUGUACUGUUUUUAUAGCUUGAGACAUAUUUUGAGAGACAGAACAGUUAUAUUUUCUCCAAAAACUGUUGACGGGUUAUUUAUAAGAAAACUCAUGCUGUAAGGCUAGUUCUUGACAGUUAUUUCUGAAGUUCACAAAAGCACAGUUUAGAUGUAACUGUUUACCUGUUGAUGGUUUGCUUGUUAAAUAUGUGUUCAGUAGGUCUGUCACCACAAGGUUUCAGCUUCCAGUAAAAUGUUAGCUUACUUGAUCUUGUGUUUACACAUUUUUCUAUAUUGUUUUCUUACCUUAAUAAAGCUGGCUUUACAGAA